AUGUACGAAGACGCCAGUCCUCUUGUGUUGAACGACCACAGCGCGUGGUAUUAUCCUUCGACCGGGUUUGGUGAAGAAACAAUAACAACAGAAAAUGCAGCGAGGGGAAAUUGGGGCAACAAAACAGUUGCAGGUUCUCGAUGGGCACGGAAGGGCAAGAGCGCCCCAUGGGGCCCAGGGAUGGACGAAUGGGAAGCAGAGGAACGUGCACGCAAACGCAUAAAAACACUUUUACCCCAGGACGAACGCUCUCCUUCACCACCCGUACUUCCUCACCUACGCUCCCCAUCGCCCCCAUUGGUUGCACCAUAUCCCCCUCCCACCACACAACAUCUCAACUUCUCGUCCUUCAUUCUUGACAAGGCUGUGACGCAUUCUUUUCGCUCCAAUCUCUUAGAUGAGCUAGAGCAAGCCACGAAUAACCUUAUUGAAGGAGAAGCAGUAAUGAGGCGAGCGUUGGGAAGACUAUGGCAAGCUAUCAGUGAGGACCCGGACGAACGCCCAGCUCAAGAUGAUGUUAUACCCAAACGAGAAGAGCCCGAGGAACAUCAGGAUGGAGAGGACGAACGCGAUGCCAGGGUAGCGCGUGCACCAGACCUUACUCCAGCUACGAAUAGGCUGUUCCUUGCAUCUUACCAGGACGAUGGACUUCCGGUGGUAGAUCCUUCACAGUUCGCCUCGCCUGAGAUGCAGGAAGAAAGUUUGGAAAAGUCUCUCGCUACGUUACAUGAACUACAGGAUGAUGGUCGAGAGUACGUUGAACGGCUAGAAGAGAUCCGCGAGAUCAUUGGAGAUGCACGCGCGCAACGGAACACGAUCUGGGACUUGGUACGAGAGAGGACUAUCAAAGAGCUGCAGGAACAAGCCUUCGAGCAGAACGAGGAGUCAUAGGUGCUGGAAUUAAACGCUACUUGUAUUGUAUGGACGCCAGUGGGUCUUGUGAUGAGAUUAAU